UACUUGCAAGAAAACACAUAUUGACAACCUUGAUACACAUUUGAGCACACAGAUUGAUGAGUUAAAAACUGAAACACAGAAUUGCUGCACCAAAAAUGAGGAAAAUGUUGAAGAAAUUAAGAGUAAUGUAACAAGGACCAUUGAAAAGGUAAAUAGUAGAGCUGAAGAAAUACAAAUUGAUGUUGAGGAGAUGAAAACAGAUAUGCAAAGACUCAAUACAAAACUGAACAAGUUUGAAGAAGUGUUUAAUAAGGUAGAUGAAAUAAAAGAUGAUGUCACUCUUAUAAAGGAUCACUUGGAAAGGAUGCAGAACAAUUCACAAUGUGAAACAACAGGUACCACCACAGAAACCACUGAUCAGAGCACACAUCCGCAGCCACUAAGCAACAGUACAACACCAAGUUCAGUUGCUCGUGACUGCAGUGACAUUAAACACUUUACUGGUGUCAGAACAAUCCAACCACAAGAACAAAAUGCAUCCAAAGUGUACUG